ACAGAACCAAAAAAAAAAUGCCCUUGACUGCUUUCUUCAUUUUUGACAUUUGAAUUGAGUUUUGUUUGGCUUUUGCAUCUUCACACUUCUUGAUAGCUUAAAAUCUUAAUAUCAAUAUUGAUUGAUAAUUGACUUGUGUUGGGUUAAUGUUUGGAUCUGAUUAUGUAUUUAAAAUAAGUAUAUCAUAAUAAGCAUAAUGCUUCAUUAGUUUAGUGAGAUAUUAGAGCAAAUAAGAGAAAUGGCAAAUUCUGUAAGAAUUGAUUGCAAAAGUGAAAUGAAAGAAAAUACACUGUGUUUUUGUUGUAAUAAAAGUAGUUCUAUUUUAGUAAAUAUUUCACAAUGCAGGCAUGCCUACCUGAUAACUAUGCUUGUGAAUAUGAAGGUUGACUUAGAAGACUGCUGGAUAUGUUUGAUUUGUCACAAUAUGUUGCUGAAGAUUGAAAAAUUUAAACAGAGUGUAGAGAACACUGUAAAAUUUUCAAAUGAAGAGGAGCCGGUUUUAAAUAAAUUAAGUAGAUCACCUAUUAAUUUGACGUGGACAUCUACUGCAAAUGUAUUGGAAUAUGAUGUAAUUACACCAAACAACCAAAAAGAUGAUGAUAAUGUCAAUGAGAAAAUUAAAAUAGAAAUUGAACUAGAUGACACACAUUUAACAGAUACCAUAGAGACAUCAAAGACAAUACAAGAUGAUACAAGUUUUUCGGGAAAAGUUCAACAAGUCGCAGUACAACUAGAGGAUGUUAAGAAAGAGAGGGAGGAAGAGAGAAAUAGUCAGAAUUUUACGAUAUUGCCAUUUAAAUGCUAUGAUUGUCUUGUUGGAUUUAAUUUUGAAGAUGGACUUACCGAUCAUUUCAACCGUAAACAUAAAAUGAAGACGGAUGAAGAUAAUCAAUUGAGUGAAGAAUCGACACAACAAAAGAAACUGCCUAAUGCACGUAGGAAAAAAAAACGUAAAAAGAUGGAGGAAGAUGAACUGAGCGAAGAACGGAUACGACGAAGGCAACUGACUAAUGCACGCGUGCAAAAAUAUCGUAAAAGAAAACAGGAGGCGUUAAAGAAACUUGAAGCCGAAACCAAAAAAGCCAAAGCUGAAAUAAAAGCGAAACAAAUUGAAGAUAACGACAAACAACGGAAAGCAUUAGCCAGAGAACGUUCGAGGAGAUACCGAGAGAAGAAACGUAUUAAUAUUCUUAAGUCUGUCGGUCACUUUAUUCACGACUCACAAAUACCCGGUAGUUCGCAUGUAGAUCCAUUGUUGGUUGUAACAAACGACGAUCCAGAAAAUGUGGCCAUUGACAAAAAAGGCACAGCAUUAUCACAAGUCCAACAAAGUGCUAAGCAAGCAAAUAAGACAGAUUCAGAAGCAAUAAGAAAAUGCAACAAACAAAGUCGCAAAAUGGGCAAAGUCGAUAAAGUACCUCAAUUAUCUAGUCAUGCUCGUGCUUUUCUUGUUCCUAACCCUCAACACAAUAGAUCCACAGCAAUUUACAGUUCUUAUACACGACAAAGCAGUGCUCAUAUUCAAUUUUAUAAACAGUUUAUUCAGAACUCAUUUGGGCAUCCUUGCGAAAUGUGCGACCGAUUGCAUUUUAGUAAUGAAUUAAAACAUUUGAAUGAUGACGGUAUGGAUUUCGUAAAGACAUUUCUUCCGACCGAAUCCGAAACGAUGGCAACUUGUUAUACGUGUCGAGCAAGUAUCUAUAAAGGACAAAUACCGAAAAUGUCUGUCUACAAUGGGUUCAAAUACCCUGCAAUUCCUGACAAUUUGCUGAACCAUCCGUUAGAUUUGGUUUCGGAAAGAUUAAUUUCGCCCAAAAUCCCUUUUAUGCAAAUUAGAAGACUUAGACAUGUUCCUGGCCAAAAAAGAAUUUAUGGUCAAGCCAUUAAUGUGCCUCUGGAAGAAAAUACAAUGGUUAAUAAGUUGCCAAGAAAUAUGAAUGAUGAUUUUUCUAUUAACAUUGAUAUAAAACGGAAGAAAAUAUACAAAUCGAGUGAUAUCCAUGGCCUAAUUAAUAAAAACACUAUUAAACAGUGGUUGGAGUACUUAGGAAAUACCCCACUUUAUAGGAAAUAUAAAAUUGUGAUAGAUAAAACUUUUUUUGGUGUAGUAAACGGCGAAGAAGUUUCCCUCGAUGAACAACGGCUUGACGAAAAUGAUCUACUUGAAGAUAUACCCAUUAAAGAGAGUUUAUUAACUCAGCAACAAACAGUAUUAUGGAAAGACGAUUUGUAUUUAAGAAUACUUUCUGGUGAAAGUAACUUUUCCAAUAGUGUACUUGAUGUACAUGCCGAAGAAUUAUUGUUCCCAUCAAUUUAUCUGGGUCAUAUCCGCAAAUCUCGAGAAGGAAUUAUUAUGACCCCCUUUAUGUUGGCAACUAGUGAAAUAAGGCGAUCAGACAGACGUGGAGCGACACCUCAACAUUUAUUAUAUAUGGCAAUCAAAAUUAUGAAAUUAAGAGUAAGAAAUUAUCUCAUUGAGGCAUUUAGACAUGUAGCAAAAAAAUCCGAGGAGAAGCCAGAAGACUACAUUAAUAAUUAUAUCGAAAGUAACCUCGCUUCUUUACGUACAAUUCCUAACUCUACUUGGUAUUGGUCUGAAAUGAAGAAGGAUCUCUUAGCAAUGAUAAGGCAGUUAGGAAGACCGACUGUAUUUUUUACCAUUAGUGCAAAUGAAAUUGGUUGGUUAGAUUUGUUGCAAUUGUUAUAUAAACUAAAUAAGGGAGAACAUGUCACAAAAGAUGUUAUUUCUGAAUUAGAUUUCAUGGUAAAAAGUACCCUUAUUAACGAAGACGCUGUCACGUGCGCUAUUUUCUUCAAUAAAUUAGUUAGUGUUGUAUUGAGUAUUAUUCAAUCACAAACAUGCAGUCCUUUUCGGAAGUACAGAGUCCUGCACUACUUUAAGCACAUUGAAUUUAGGAAUCGGGACAGUCCUUGUGCGCACAUCUUAGCUUGGAUUGAUAAUUCUCCGAAAGAUUUUCUUGGUCAUGAUUAUGAUAAAGCCAUUGAACUUAUAGAUACUUUGACAUCGCUUGCUGCAGUAGAAUCAUCAGGCAACAUUAAACUUCAAAUCCAUAGCCAUACAGACGCUUGCUAUAAUAAGGCUGAUACUUCAAACAAAUCACAAAAAUGUAGAUUUGGAGCUCCGUUCAUGCCCUGCAAAAAUACAAUGAUUUUAACUCCGAAACAUGAAGAAGACCUUGACAAUGUGAAUAGAAAACGGUUUGAUGAUAUACAAGCUCAGUUAGGGUAUGAAGAUUUUGAAGACAUAAACGAUUUUUAUAAGCGUAAUGGUAUUAAGUCAGAUGAAGAUUAUUGCGACAUUCUUAGAUCAGGAAUUGACAGACCUAAAGUGUUUUUAAAACGUGAUCCUUCUGAAAAAUGGCAUAGUCCAUUCAAUCCUUUCAUUCUUAAUAUUGUUCAGUCUAAUACUGAGUUUCAAUUCAUCACGGAUGAUAACUCUUGUGCAGCUUUUAUAGAAGAAUAUUUUGACAAAUCAAAUAGAGAAUUAAGUGACUUACGAUUGCAAAUAAUGGAAGCGAUGCAUGACAAUCCGGAGUUAGAUAUUAUUGACGUAACUAACAAUAUCAGUAUAAAUAUGCAAAAUUAUACCGAAAUUACGAGUUCAGAAGCAGCUUGGUAUUUAUUGCGUGAGCCCACGUCAAAGAGUUCAUUUAUCAUUGAAUACAUUCCGACCGUGCGGCCGAUUGAACGAAUUAAGAAAACUUUGAAAGCGUCAGGUGAUUUGGAUGACGAUUCUACUGAUAUUGGGAAAGAAAGCAACUGGUUUGAUAAAUACGUUAAAAGGCCUGAACACUUAGAAAGUAUAACAUUAGCUCAAUUGGUAUCAAAAUAUACAGUAAGUAAGAAAGGUGAAUAUUUUAAACGACGUGAAGAUGUAAUACUUAGAUAUCGUAACUACGAUCCAGUCACAGAGGUAAAUGAAUAUAAACGAGAAAUGGUCACAUUGCAUAUACCAUUUCGAAACGAAGAAGAGGAAAUAAUACAAGAUAUGAGAUUUAUUACCAUAUUUGAUAAUAAUGAAGAUACCAUCCUGCACAGAAGAAAAGAAUUCGAGGCGAAACUUAAUAAAUAAAAGAGAAUGUAAAGAUCACAUGAUAGAAGUUAGAAUAGUUACGGAAUAUUCGCCUGGUCACACUUAACGAUUGGAACCCGUGUAGUAUAGUCGAACAAGUCAUGUGUGUAUACAGGUUAUAUAAACGCUAUGUUAAAAAUUACAUUUGUAGCACAAAAAAAGUUCUUCUUUUCGGUACAUAACAAAUAGACAAGAAAUAAUCCUGUAAUAUUUUGUAAAUAUUUCGUUUCGUCGAGCGCGAAUUUAAUGACAAAUGUGUAUAUGAAUGUACACAUGACAUUAAAUUCGGAAUCAUUAAAAUGAAUAUUAGCUCGUUUUUUUAGGUAGCUUUGUUAAUUAAACCUUACAUUAAGGCGCUAAGGUUUAAUUUGUAUUAAAAUGUUUAUAUGGUAUAAGUAUAAUAUAAACAAUUUCCCGUUUAUUAUAAGUAAGUUUAUAAUACGAAAUACAAGUGAGAUAUAAUGAUACUAAAAGAUUGUAGUGGAAUCUGGUUCUAAUAGGUCAGUUUCAUCUAUCACAAUUAAAUUAUGAAAGUAUGUUAUUUAUAGACAUUUUCUCAUAAGAAAUACGAAUUCAAUACUAAUUUGUUAUAAAAAACAUGAGAAUUAUUAAUAUUGUCAUUUUUAUUUUUAGAAACAUAAAUAUGGAUCGCACUUCAAAUUAGACGUUUCUUUAUGUUAUUAUGACGUCACGAUCAUGGUGGUUACCUUUUUGACGCGACUAUUUAUGGUAAAGUGGAAUUAUUUUGAAGAAUUAAAAAUACUACUAAAAUACUCUAUUUGUAACUACAUUAUAUUGAUAAUUAAGUUGUAGAAGAAUACGCAAGUUUUUUGAAGUCGUUUGUUUUUUGUUAAUUUUUUUAUGUUAAAAUAAAUACCGAAUCUUUACGAUCGUUUUCGAAUUUAUUUGGAAUAAUCGAAGAAUAGCCUAUUAUUUAUUGAAGUGCGGAAAUAGCACCACUGACUCUUUUUUUCUUCUUCAUAUUUAUUAUGUUAUCGCCAAGUAUCACGCUUUCGAGUAUCGUUACUGUCUCACUAGUCAUGCUGCACAUCGCCGUAAAAACGCAAUAUUCAAUUAUUCAUAGUUUUUAGACUCAAUAUUGGAAUUACUUCAGUGAAACUCAGGUACUUAUUGCAAUUUCGUAUAAUUAUGAUUUUUUAACGCAGACAUUGAACAAUUCACGUUUUUAGAACAGUCGACCAUAAUUUGGAGAGAAUGCGGGUGCGAGUGACAAAAAUAAAUAUAAAAGUACCCUCAUUAUGUUUAAUAUUGGGAUUUGGAACCUAUAACUCAUAAAUGUACAUAAUAAUUGUCAACACUACGAGACAUCGCUAAUAUCAAUUGCACUAUAUCAUUGCACUACACGUAAACACAUAGUUCCCAUAUUCAGAUCUGAUUACAAUAAGACCAUUCUGGAAAUGAAGCUGAUAAAAUUCAUUGACUGGGAAUAAUUUAAAAUAAACAAAAUAAAUGCUUUUAGAGUCAACAGACCAAUCCACCAAAUUAGGCUAUAACAUAUGUUACAGAAUUAAAAAAUCUCUUUUUUAAAUUUUAAUAUUGUUAUUAUUUAACUAAAAAAGUUGUUUUGUUUAUUUAUGUAAUACUAAGUACUUUACAUAAUACCUUUGUAGACUAAAUUAGCAAUUAAUACAAACCUCAUUGGUUGAAAUAAUAAAUCUCAAAAAAGUG